UUUAAAAUUUUUGGCACCCUUUUAUAAGCACACUUCUUUUUUGCUGGCUGUUUUUCCUCCUGACCGCCAAGUGUCGCUGUGGCACUGUGUCUCCCAUUACACCUCUGAGUUAACACCGACGGUGAAGUGAACCGGAUAUUGAUUUUAUGAUUAUGAUUACCGGGUUAUUUGCGGGAAAUGGUGCAGUGUUUCGCCGCUGAAUGCGAUCACAGUUACAGUAAAAACCAGUGCAGUUUUUUCCGUUUGCCCUCCGACAUCAGAGCGAGGCGGAAAUGGGAGCAACUCUGCGGCAACAGCUUUCUUUCUGCGUGUGUGCGCGUGUGUGUUAGACGUCCUCCAGACAUUUCGAACGAGAACUCGAGGAUCUGCAGCUGUCACUUUGAGGGAGGGAUGAAGUCUGCAGCUCCCACUGUGUUUAAAUGGACUGAGAAGGUCACGUCCUCCACCACGUCUCCUCCUGUGGACCCAAAGGAGGAAGUGGAGGAGAAGGACAUCAUGAGUGCAGCUCCAGGGGGCGUGGUUGUGUCUCUCUAACAGAAGGUUUUGGGGUUUGGUCCCACAGAGCCACAGUGAGACUGCACACCUGGUGUGAUGUUCUGUUGUGGUGUCCUGCAGGAGGAUCAGCUGCUGCCACACCAAUCCAACAGGAACGCUGAGGACACCUGACCAGAGUGUGUGUGUGUGUGUGUGUGUGUGUGUGUGUGUGUGUGUGUGUGUGUGUGUGAGAGAGGAGAGUGUGUGUGUGUGUGUG